AAACGACUGGGGCUAAUGGAUGAUUAUUAUGCGCAUCCUUGCAAAUUUGACCAGGGAAGAACGGGAAGGGUUGCGCGAGACGGCGUAAACAAGGGACCAGUCGCGAAGGAAGUGCAACGACGAAGAGCCGGGCUUGGAGGAGGGGAAGAUAAGAACCAAAAACAUUCCAGCAGCGGUACGUUUAUACCGGCGAGCCAACGACCCGAUGGCACAUGGCGCAAGCAACGGCGCGUGAAAGACGGAUAUAUUCCUCAGGAAGAAGUCCCAUUGUACGAAAGCAAAGGGAAGCAAUUGAUAAAGAAGCCCUUAUAUCCUGUGGGUGCCAGCCCAGAAUUUAUAGCCGAACAUAAAGCCAAGCUAGAGGCUCUGGCGGCGAAGAACAAAGUGAUACCCGGCACGCAAGCGAAAACUCAGGAGGGAUCCAAGAAGAAGAAGAAGAAGAGCAAGUCCAAGGUCGCGGAACCCGCCGCCGAAGGAUUGUCCAAAAUUACGAUCUCAGAGCCCGACUUUCAUAGAGAAGUCCCGGUUCACACCGACAAGCCGCUGUCCACCGCGAAACAAACCACGACAAACAACGUAGCUAAGAACAAUUCAAACGCCGCGCUAAAAGCGACGGCCGAUCCGCAGAAGAGAUUGAAAAACCUACGCAAGAAAAUUAGGGAAAUCGAAGUGUUAGAGGAUAAAAUCAAAACUGGUGCUCUGAAAAACCCCGAUAAGGAGAUACUCGACAAAGUCGCGCGGAAAACUGAGAUCUCCAAGGAGGUGAAAAGAUUAGAGGCUGCUUUAUAGAUCCAUAUCCAAUUCACACUUUCACAAAUUGAAUUUGUUGGUGCCAUCGGGAAAUGGCGCGAUCGUAAAACCUGAUUGAUAACGAUCCUAUUAUAUAUAACGAGACAAAUCUUUGUUCCUUUCGAUUCCAUUCGACAAAGACACAUCGCAGUUUUAAUAUUGUAUCUUACAUAUUAGUCUUUUCUUUUUUUUACUCACAGUGUGUAGAUUGAUAAUAUUGAUAUAUACAUUUAUAUAUAUCGCGAUGAUAUUGACUGUCAACGAUUCUGACACUUGAGCAAAAACUUACAUCUACAUCUAUACAUGUACAUAUACAAGAGAACUUACGUGAAAGUUUAAAUAAAGACGAACGGAGUUUUCGUUCAUUAAAUGAAUUAUCCUUUGCACGUCAUGAUUCAAGCCGGUUAAAAAGAGUAAGAUAACCAGUUUUAGAUGAAUUUAUAUUAGGUGGUCACGAUGAUCUAAGAAAUACAUGUAGACAUCUGUGAGUGUUUUAAUGAGAAUUAUUAAUGCAUUUAAUGUGAUAAGAUAAACUCUAUCGAUUUAUAAUAUUUAUAGCGAAUAAACCUGAAAUUAUAUAUAAAAGUAAAAAACAUUGUCGCGCUUUUGUGAGAAGAAUAAAUGUUCUGAAAAUAUUAUCGCAUAAGUUUCUGUUAAUAGUAAUUUUACUAUAUCAAUAAAGUAUUGUAUCAUAAUUGUAAAUUCUUUUAUGUAAUUAAUUUUUCUAUAGGAAACAUUUGUGGAUGCCGGUUUAAAGGCAUUCUCUAGUAUUAUUCAGAACACUUUAUAUAAUCACACUUGAUUAUUUUUUCAUAAUAAUUAACCACUAAGUAUGAAUAUAAAUUUUGGGUAUUGAAUAAAGUAUUGUAAACAGUUUGCAGUACUUUGCACCAUGGACAAUUGUAUUUUCAUCGGUACUUUGAAAAAAAUUCUGAUAGCUAUAGCUUAGGCCAACAAAAAGGAGAUGUCAACGGCAAGUAAUCGCCCAUCUAACAAUAAGUACUUACUAACCAUUUGUUUUCGAAGGAUUGCUAGCAAAUUCAAUUGGUGAAGCAAAGUAUUACAAACUACUGCUUUACAUCUAUCGAUCAGUUAUUGAAUAAAACGUUUGGUACCAUCUUGCUAAUCAUA